UGAGUCGUUGCCUCGGUGUCCCGCUUGCUGAAACGUGACUCCCUAAUUUCUCAAGCACAAAACAGCUGAAUUAACAGUCCCCAUGAUGCAGGAUGCUGCAUUCAAGUCCAGUGAUGGAGUGUCCUUCAGGACCUGCAGUGUUUUACUGUUCAUCAUUCUUCUAAUAGAGUCUGUUGGAGCUCAGUCAGCGUUGAUUUGUUCACAUCAACCAAUCGUAGCACUGGCUGGUGAUGAUGUCAUUUUGCCAUGUCACCUUGAACCUGCAGUCAGCGCCAGUUCUGAGACAGUGGUGUGGACCAAACCUGGUUUGGACCCAGAGUACAUCCAUCUUCACCAAGAUGGACGACUGAUGUAUCAAAGUCAAAAUCCAUCUUAUAAUUAUCGUACCAGACUGUUUGUGGAUGAGCUGAUUAAAGGAAACGUCUCCCUGAAAAUCUUCAGUGUAAAAAUCUCUGAUGCAGGAAAAUACUUUUGUUUCCUUCAAUCAUUGCAGAAGGAAGCUUCCAUCCAGCUCACUGUUGGUGCUGUCUCCUCGCCCAUCAUACAGGUUGUCUCAGAUAACAGCAGCAGUGUGGUGUUACAGUGUGAGUCUGCAGGCUGGUAUCCAGAGCCUGAGGUGUUUUGGCUGGACAGUGAGGGAAACCUCCUCUCUGCUGGACCUACAGAGACAGUCAGAGGUCCUGAUGACCUCUAUACUGUCAGCAGCAGAGUGACUGUGGAGAAGAGACACAGCAACAGCUUCACCUGUAGAGUCCAACAGAAGGACGUCAACCAGACCAGAGAGACUCACAUCCAGGUUACAGCUGGUUUCUUCAAUGAUCUGAAUUGUUGGAAUUGCAUUUGGAGCAUCAUCAUUAGUCUUGGAAUUGGCGUCUUAGUGUUUAUUAUCGCAUGGACAAAAAGGCCGCAACGGACCAGGAGGAACCAGGUGAUUAAGUCUGACAGUCCAGAGUUAUCCACAUUGACUGGGCAAACCAGAGAACAGAUGGGGAACAAAGAGAGAGUGCACACCAACAGAGAAAGGAAAAGAGAGGAGAAAAGAACAAAUUGAAAAAUUUAUAAAAUAAAAAAUGUGAAAAUGGAGAAGAGGAACUGGAGAGGACGCUUCAGUCAGUGAAGAGGAUGGACAGAAAUAAGAUGCCCUCAUGAUACAACAGGAAGAACUGUGGAGAUGAAAGAUCUGGCAUGCACCGGGCACACUCUACAACUGGCAAUACCGGCUUGAUUAGUCUUGAUGUGAUGAAGGCUAUCAAAGUAGCAAGGAGAGUUGUCAGCCACUUUCACCACUCAGCAGUGGCAACUAGCGCCCUCAGAAAUGGCAGGAACAGAAGAGCCAACAAACUCCAGACUGACGGACCAGUCUGGAGGAAUUCUAUGGUCAUCAUGCUCCAGCAGCUUUUCGAACACAGGACGGCAGUGCAGUCUGUGCUCACGGAUGAAGCGGUCACCAAACCGAGCGUCCAGAAGUCACUCGCCAUGAGAGCAUCACAAUGGGAGCUAAGUCCAGUGCUGCAACUAUUGGCCAAGGCUUUUGCUUUAAGUUAUAAUAUGCGCAUAUAUGGUAAUCCUGGUUAUUCAUCUUCAUCUUAGGUGAGGUUGUCCAAAACGAGGACUCUGUUGAUACUGAAGGUGAGCCAGUAACUGGGAGAAAAGCCAAGCUUGAGCAAGAUUUUGCGCAACUUUUAGGGCCACAAUGCUAAAGCGGAGGAAAGCAGGACGCCACUUCAUCGCAGCUGAGGAGUUCUGUGAUUUAUUAAUACUGCAUAUUCCCACCAUAGAGCCGCGGCAGUGGUAGACCCAUAACCAGGACAGAUUUCUGCAUAGAUCUGUGUAGAUGUGCAUGAGCUGUCACCUGUCUGUUUGUUAGCAUAUACAUUACAUGUUGGAAAUACAGAUCGUAGCUUGUUGCAGAGAAUUCCCUUCUACUGUGGUUUUAUUAAUGAUGUCAUCAGCGAUUAGUCAACGUAGACUCGACUUUCAUCACAUAACUGUCGACUGCAAAAAAUCUGAAGUUGUGCAACCCCAAGUCUGUUUUAUUUUGGAAAACACAUCUAGGAUGCUUCUGAUUCUGGUGUGAACAUAGACCAGAUUCUCACACUGUUCUGUGUUCGACUUCCUGCCCAGUUAAUCUGCUCUGUGCUGCUUGACUUGGCUUCUGUCAAAAACAGACUCAGCUGGACUUUGCAGGUUACAUUUAAUUUUCUGACAUCCCAUUUAUUGCUUCUUGAACUUUUAUAUCAGUUUUGCAAACAAAAUUUACUAUUGCUGUAACUGAUCAAUUCAAGCUUGGAUCAGCUGGAAAAUUGUCACAAAGCUAAGAGCAGAGAUUUUGAUUUUAAACUGAAAUGAUCAAAUAACGGCAGCUGACCUUUUGUAUGGCGCCAUCUGCUGUGUUUAUUGUGUAUUGAAAGCUGUCUAGGCUGCAGAGGUCGAGGUUUUGGUGACGACGAACUGAUCACUCAUAAUUUCUGUAUGUCUGAUUUACAUGAAAAAAAACAUGCAAGUGACUUGCUUUAAACCCUGGUUUUCAACAAUGUGCCUCUGGUCUCUGGAUGUGAUGGUGAAUUUACACCUAAAAAGCUUCCAUGUGCUCCUCUGCAGAAACCUGUUAGUCCACUUCAGUUAUCAGUGUAAACACCCUGAAGCCUGACCUGAGAGUAGAGGAUUGACAAGUAUAACAAUAAUUUGGGACAUCGGGCUUAACCAAUUAUCAGCACAACAGGUUUUAAACAACAAUACUUUAUCACCACCUAUGGGUCAUUCAUUGUGUGAUUAUAACUGUGUAGCACCAAGGGUUUGUCAGUACACCUGGUCAGCUGUGAUUCAUCUCCUCAAGCACAAGAAGAAAUCGAUCAUGUGCAUACAUGAUAAUGGUUCCUGUAAAAUUCUAAUUAUUGGACUACAAGAGCCAUCCGGGUGUAUAGCAGUUUGAUGUGAUUAACUUCAUGUUUUAUGUGGUAUGGAAGUGUUUAUCUUAAUGAGUACUUUUUAAUGAAGUACCUUUGUACUUUUACUUAAGUAAAGUUUUGAAUGCAGGACUUUUACUGUGUCUGUCAAGUGUCCUGGAACCUCCCUGAGACCCACAAAUGCCUCUCAAAGACCCAAGACACCACCUCUCAAAAGAAACCUGAAACCGGAAGAGCUUGGAUCAUCAUCAGCCAACCUUUUUUUGGAGGUUUCUCUACAAGAGCCUCUGUAUGUAUGUGGAGGAAGUCUGUGGAGCUCCAGGAAACCUGGAAAUUCAUGUUUGUUUGUUUCCAGUGGUAAAUUAAUAUUUCUGAAACUCAAAUUAAACGCCCUCUGGCUUUAUCAUACGGCUUCACAAGUAGCUGGAUGACGAACGACCAAACAAACUGAUCAAUAAAUGGUCUAAAAUUAAUAACUGACAGUUAACAGGAGCUACGUGAACCACUUCAUUCUAAUAAUGUAGAGUCAGAGGAAGUAGCUUUUAGCAGAAACAUUAUGUACAUUUACUCAAGAACUGUACUUAAGAACAAAUUCAAAGUCCGCAGACAAUACGCAGCUCUACUUAUCCAAACGAUCCCACCGUCUCGGCGUGGAUCACGGAUUGUCUCUUGGACUUAUCUGCAUGGAUGAAGGCUUGCCACCUUCAACUAAACCUCUCUAAGACAUUUCUCUUGGUCCAGCCAAGAAAUCUAUCCACCAUAACAUCAAACUACAAAUUGACUCCUCAACUAUCACUCCAACCAAGGUGGUGAGAA